CUGCGACGCUGGCAGUUCGACUUGCGACGCGCUGCCAGAAACAUCGUGAACACCUUAAAACCAAAAACUUAUAUAUAGACAUAUUUCCGACUGAUCCCAGGAGAGCAAACUGACGCAAUGAGCGCCGUGGAUGCCAUAAUCAAUUACAAGCGCAGUCCCAAUGAGGACUUUUACGCUCUGCUCCAUUGCGAUGAGACUUCGUCGCUCGAGCAGAUCCAGGCCGAGUACAAGGUCCUGGCCCUCCAGUACCAUCCCGACAAGAAUAGCGGCGACAAGGAGGCGGAGGCCAAGUUCCAGCAGCUAAAGGAGGCCAAGGAGACGCUGUGCGAUCCGGAAAAGCGGGCCAUUUAUGACAAGUGGCGCAAUAGCGGCAUUUCGAUGAGCUACAAACAGUGGCUGGGCAUGAAGGAGCAUGUCGGUCAGGUGAGAAGAUACACGAUUGCCGAGAAAGUGGAUAAAGAGUCCAUGCAUUGGGUUACACCCAAGACCAAGGAUCGCAUGCUGCCCGAGGUCGGAGGAGCUGGAGGUGCAGGUCCUGGAGCCGGUUCCGGAGCAGGAUGCAGCAGCGGCGGCCUGACCGCAGCCUCACCCAAUCCUGCCCAUCGACGGGCCUCGGAGGGUGGUGCAGCCUUGUACUAUGGCAGUCGCAAGGCCGAAUGGGGCACCGAGAAUACCGAUGUGGCCAACAAGUUCCGCAAUUACGAGAUCUAAGGAAACCAAGAUCUCGAAAAGCAAGUUUCAAUUUA